UUAGGCUUGUAUCGCCGAGUUGGCGUUUCCCAGUCUUCUGCUCGGGUCUUCCCGCAGCAGACGAACAAAGAAUUGACCUCCCUUUGCCGUCAAACUUCUUUCGUCUGCCGUUCACCGGCAGGGGAGGAUAACUCAGUGAAACGAAAAGUAUUUUCUUAUCGUGGAUAGUCGAGAGCGGUUGUGAAGGCGCUCCGCGGAUUAAAGGAUGGAGCCGACUCCUCGGAUAUAUGUGUUAAUCUUCCUGAUCUGUGCACUCAGUGCCGCCGUAUGGGCGUGUCCGGAAAAAUGUUUUUGUGCCCGGACCAACGUCAGGUGUAUGUUUGCUAAUCUGGAGGCGGUGCCCACUGUACCAUCGGAUACUACAGUACUAGACCUGAGGUUCAACAAGAUCAAAACAGUUCCAAAAGGCAGCUUCAGAUCUCUACCUAACCUCAGCACUUUACUUUUAAAUAACAAUGAAGUUGAGGAGCUUGAAGAUGGCUCUUUUGAAGGAUUGCCUAAUCUACGAUACCUGUACCUCUACAAGAACAAGAUCCGAAAGGUCAAUCAGAACUCUUUUCGUCACCUCCCGAAACUGGAGCAACUAUACCUGCAACUCAAUAACCUGACCAAGUUUCCAGCCCAUCUUUUUGAUGAGAACCCUAACUUACGUAGGCUCCGGCUGGACUCGAACUCUCUGAUGUGCGAUUGUGAUAUGAUGUGGCUGGCCGACAUGUUGAAGGAGAAGGAUGGGUACACUCAGGCCUCUGUCAUCUGCAAGUAUCCUAGCAAGCUGCAAGGGAGGUCACUAUUGAGCAUCUCCAAGGAGGAUUUUAACUGCGAAAAGCCGACGAUCGUAAAAGAGCCAAAGAGUGUUGACGUGACAUUUGGCAACACUGUAUAUUUCAACUGUGAGGCCAAAGGCUUUCCUGAACCCGAGAUUACCUGGCUACACAAUGACAAUGUCAUACAAGACACUGAGAGUGACAGAUACAAAGUUAUGGAAGACGGCACCUUGAUGAUUGAGGAUGCUCAAAACUCCGACACUGGCACCUAUGAGUGCAUGGCCACAAACGCCAUGGGCAUGACCAAGACCAACAAAGUAGAACUCAGAUACAUUGGAGAUAAUGUGAUUCCAAAAUUCAUGGAAACACCUAGUGACGUUGUCGCUGCUGAAGGUGAUGACAUCACGCUGCCAUGUCAGGCAUCUGGCAACCCCCGACCUGGCAUUACCUGGACCCUGAACUCAGCGCCGGUCAGAGGGAACAUCAGGGCCAGACAGUUUGAUAACGGCACCAUGCAGAUCAUUAACCUCAGGGUCUCCGAUGCUGGCCUGUAUGAAUGUAGUGCAUCCAACUCAGUUCAAACCAUUUCCUCAUCAGCUAGGGUUAGGGUUUUAGUGCGGCCUGUGAUUGUACGUGCCCCUGUAGACACCAAUGCUGGCCUGGGGUCAACCAUCAGCUUCACGUGUCAGGCUCAGGGAGAUAGCCAGCCAGUUAUUGCUUGGUCCAAGAAUGGUAGUCCAUUACAAAACAAUGGCAGAUAUGAUUUACAACAGAACGGUGAAGUCCUGGUCAUAAGGAAUGUAGCUGCAGUAGAUCAGGGCACUUUCACCUGCAGGGCGGAGAAUGCCGCAGGUGUGGUGACAGCCAACGCCCGCCUGAGUAUUGUCCAGAAUGUGGCUCCUAGUUUUGCACAGAGCACAGAUUUUGUGAUAGCUGCCCUUGGUUCCCUAACAACUCUCCGCUGUGCUGCAGAAGGUCAGCCUGCCCCAGUGUAUGAAUGGAGCAGAGAUGGAAGGGUCCUCCAAAACAGGAACAGAUUCACAGCUGUUGCUGGCCAGUUGAGUGUCUCCAAUGUUCAGACUGGAGAUGAAGGCAGAUAUGAUUGUGUCGCAGAAAAUCUGCGUGGCAGGGCUACCAAAUCAUUUUAUCUUCAAAUACAAGGAGCUAACACAGCAAGAGUGGGUGACAGAUUUGUGAGAGAUGCCAUCCCCCAAGCCACACAACAAGUCAAUCUAGCCAUCAAUCUGACACAGGCAUCUUUGUUUAACAACACUCGCACACACAGUGUCCAUGAUCUCAUUAAAUCCAUCCGCUACCCAUCACCAGAUUCUUUGGACUUUAUAAGAGCAGAAGAGAUCUUUGAGCAGACGUUGGAGAUUGUCUAUCAGCAUGUUAGACAGGGAAACAACUACAAUCUCUCUGGAUCUGAAAAUUCUUAUGAAGAGUUAAUUUCUCCUGCUCAUAUUCAAAUCAUUGCAAAUCUUUCCGGCUGCUUAAGGCGCACCCACGAUGCCGACUGCUCAGACAAUUGCUUUAACCGGCGCUACCGCACCAUGGAUGGUACAUGCAACAACUACCAGCACCCAACGUGGGGCGCUGCCAACACAGCCUUCAACAGGCUGCUCCCACCUAUUUAUGAAAAUGGCUUUAAUUCACCAGUAGGUUGGAACCGCCACAGGCUCUACAGAGGAACUCACCUGCCCAGUGCCCGCCUGGUGUCCUCUCUCCUCAUGUCCGCUGAUGACCAGAUCAUAAAUGAUGACACCUUCACGCAUAUGCUGAUGCAGUGGGGUCAGUUUCUUGACCACGACAUGGAUCUUGCACCCCAGGCAGUUAGCUACGCAAGGUUUAGUGAUGGCAGGUACUGUAACGAAACCUGUGAAAACACAAACCCUUGCUUCCCAAUUCAAGUGCCCAACUCUGACCCCAGGAUCAGAGACUACCAGUGUCUUGGGUUUACCCGCAGCAGCGCCACCUGUAACACUGAUGCUACAUCUUUGUUCUUCAAAACACUGGCACCAAGGCAGCAGCUGAAUGCUCUGACGGCCUUCAUUGAUGCCAGUAAUGUUUAUGGCAACAGUGAACGCUUGUCAAACACGUUAAGAAAUUUGGCCAGUAACAGAGGACUGUUACGAGAAGGGGCAGGCAGUGGUGGCAGCAGACGUUUGCUACCUUUUGAUGAAGAUAUACUGCACAGGGCGGAUUGUCAAAUUGAAAGCAACAAACGUGAUGUGCCUUGUUUCAUUGCUGGGGACCACAGGGUCAAUGAGCAGCUGGCUUUAACAGCCUUCCACACUCUGUGGAUGAGGCAGCACAACCACAUCGCCACAGGACUCAACAGGAUUAAUCCACAUUGGGAUGGAAAUAAAAUUUUCUUUGAGGCUAGAAAAAUUUUAGGAGCCAUCUUCCAACACAUCAGCUACAACCAUUGGCUGCCUAAAGUGCUAGGGCCAAUUGGGAUGAAAAUGAUUGGGAACUACACCGGCUACAAGCCUGAUGUCAACCCUUCCAUUGUCAAUGAAUUUGCUACUGCUGCUCUAAGAUUUGGUCACACACUAAUCCAGCCAAUGUUGUUCAGACUCAAUGAAUCUUUCCAAGAGAUUGAAGAAGGCCAUCUGCCACUGCACCAAGCUUUCUUCUCUCCAUACAGACUUAUUGAUGAAGGAGGCAUUGACCCACUUAUAAGGGGUUUAUUUGGAAGAGCCACCAAGAAAAGAAUGCCUGGUGAAUUUCUGAACUCAGAGUUGACUGAAAAACUUUUUAAAGUUUCCAACGCCAUUGGUCAGGAUUUGGCCUCUCUCAAUGUUCAGCGUGGAAGAGAUCACGGCCUUCAGUUUUACAAUGAUUACAGAGAAUUUUGUGGCCUGAAACGUGCCAGAAGUUUUGAGGACCUGAAGGGGGAAAUACAUUUCAAGGACACCAGAGACAGGCUGCAGGCACUUUACGGACAUCCAGACAACAUUGAUUUGUUCAUUGGAGGUGUGAGUGAAACAAUGGUAGAAGGUGCCAAAAUGGGACCCACAUUCAUGUGUAUUAUAGCAGACCAGUUUAAGAGAGUAAGAGAUGGAGAUAGAUUCUGGUAUGAAAGAGAUGGGAUCUUUUCACCGGAGCAGGUGGAAGCAAUCAAGCAAACAUCUAUUGCUACAGCCAUAUGUGACAGCAGUGACAGCAUAACACGUGUACAGAAGGAUGUGUUCAUGCGCGUACAGAGUGAUGAUGAGUAUCUCAACUGUGAGCAGAUUCCAAGAUUGGAGUUAACUCACUGGACAGACUGCUGUGAAGAUUGCAGGACAAGAGCAACCUUAGCAUCAUUUGCUGCACAUGUUAGAGGGAGACGAUCCACUGACUACAGCUAUCCUGAAGAUCGUCCUGAAGAAACAAAUUUUAUGAAUAACACAGAGCUGUUAAACACAAUCACUGUAGCAGCAGAAGAAACAAAAGAACAAGAGGAAGUUCAACAGGAAGAAAUAAAGAAAGAAAUCCCAGCGCCAGUGGACACGUUUGAGAGGGAAGAUGUAGAUCUACUUGAUAGCAGAAUAGAAGGUAUAGAGGAAACAAUUAUGGAGCUGGGAGAAAUCAUUACAAACCUUAAGAAAAAGAUCCGCCACCUUGAGCGAGGCAGACACAGGAGCCGCAAAACAUGUCUAGACAAAAAUAACAAAAUUAAAAGAGAUGGAGAAAAAUGGCAACUUGAUCAAUGCACUUCGUGUGUUUGUAUUAGAGGUCAGGUGGAAUGUAAGAGUGAAAACUGUGAUGAGCAGCCUAUAUGAGAAUCACAAAAAAAUAUUUGAAUCCCGCCUUAACCCUGUCCAAAUUGUAAAAUUUAAAACCACAAAAUGAUCUUCUGCUAAUCAAUGCAUAAUUCAGUUCUAGUACUUGUAUAAUAUUGUGUAAUUUUUGUUAUUUUUUGUUUAUCCAUAUAAAAAGGUUGCAAUAAACUUUAUGUUCACAUAAUCUUUCUAAUGGUUAAGUUUUUUAGGAUUUCAUUAAUUCUUUUUACAUAAUUAAUAUAUAACACAUGUUCAUAAAAACCAACCUGUUGAUUUAAUUCAAUUGUCUUCCAUUUAGAUUUUUAGCUGUUUUUAUUCUGUUUGUUAUUUUUAUUUGCUUUUUAAAUGAGUCAUUAUUAUUUUUUGUUAGUUAUAAUUAAUUAAAAAACCUUUAAAAGUGCCUUGUAAGCCAAAUUCUUUUUAAAAUACAUAUAGUCAAAUAUGUUAUUUUAUUCAUUAAAUACCUUUGUAUGUCAGCUUUCAUAAAAAAGAUUUUAUAACGCAGUAUUAGUAUUUAAGUUGGUGCUACACUUAAAGCACUUUUUUAUUAAACAUUUUUUGUGAACUAAAAUAGAGGAUUUAAUUUUGAACAUUUGUUGAUAAUUCUAUAUCUUAAUGUGAUAUUGCAUGUUUUAAGGUUUAAUAUUUUGAGCAACAGAUGUAUUAGCACUGUAUGUAUAAAAAUCCUGUAUCUACACAACUGCUAUCUGCCCCAUGUACUUUACCAACAAAUACUCACAUUACAUCUAUUGUUUAUUUUUUAAUAUACUGGUUUAUCUCUUUGUUUUAUCAUUCCAUAGCCAUGACCCAUUUCUCAAGUUUACUGACACAGUUUAAAUGUACAGUAUCGAAACUGACCAAUUCUUAUAGUGGCAAAGCAUAUGAAAUGGGGAAACAAGUUACCAGGAAAAAUUAACCCUGAAAUCAAGUGCUCGAACUAAACAGGCAGAGCCAACUCCAAAGAAAUUUAUAAAAAGGUUAAUUUUUUAAUGACACCCAAAUCAUUUUUAGUUCAUAAUAGUUAACAAAAUCUAAAAUUAUAUAGGCUCCUGUCUGAGUUUUUGGUUGUUUACCUAGCACAUAGACCAUCAUGUAAAAUAGUUUUAUUAUUCCAUUGUAGCGAUAUCCAGUUAAACAUUUACAAUGAGAGAUGAAAUAUGCAUUAAUAACCCACGAGUGACCAUUUUUCACAGCACAAUGUGUUUUAGUUUGGAUCUUCAUAAUUGAAAGAACAAUUUCAAAUGUAUGUGUGGCUUUGUGAUAAAGCAGACUAAUGUUAAUAAAAAUACUUUAUCAUGUAAGAAGUAAUGCAAAAAACAUAAGGUUCAUGUGUACCAUUAAAAUACUGUGUAUAACUGUACUAGGUGUGCCCUUGGCUGUAUUCACUAGAGGUGUACACAGGUUCUGAUGUGAAUGUAACAAAUAAACUAUGGAACUUGAGUUCCUAUCUCA